GUUAAGGAGGUGUCUGACUUCAGUUCCCAAUAUGGUAGUGAUGGUUCAAUAUCAUAUGUUGCAAAUAAUGUAAUUGGGAAACCAGCACUCUAUCCUGAGUAUGGAGACUUUUCAGCAGCAUAUUGCAUGAGGAGUUAUGGCAAAUGGUGGACAAAAUGUGAAUCAUCCACACAUCCUAUCGAUGAUCCUCGGCCAUUGUUACCUCCAAGUGUUGAUUUCAUUGAUGUGAGAUAUGAAAUUGCUGUGUAUCCUAUCAGGAUUGAUUUCUAUGAAACCUACAAUCCUGGUAGUGUGGUACGAGUAUGGGGUUCCUUAGAAGGGCAAGGUUGGGUGCUCUUGUGGUCGGAGAGGCACAGCUUGGCUUACUCUGCUGAGAAUAGAAUUGAUCAACGUUGCCACAAUUACUAUUCUGCACUUGAUGCCAUCCUCUUAGUGGGCUCUACACACACAUCAAGUAAACAGCAUUUGACCUUUCAAGAAACCAUUACAUCACAGAUCAUGAAACUAGGUCUACACAACAUAGCAAGAGAAGCAGAAUUCAUGGAUGAAUGUGAGACUGAGUCCAGCACAAAAGAAGUAAUUAAUGAUGAAAUAAGUGAGAGCAAAUUACAGGACUUAGUGGAUGAGGGUACAAGUGGAGGUUACUUUGACAUGUUGCCUGAGGAACUCAUUAUUCACAUUUUGAAAGAACUGGAUAUAAGAAGCCUAUGUCGCUUGGCCCACACCUGCAAACUGCUUCAGAAGUACACUUCAGAUCCCUUCUUAUAUAUUAGACUGAAUCUCAAGAACUGUUGGUGGUUGGUGAGCAAUGCCACCCUAGAAUGUCUUUCAUCCAGAUGCUUGCUUCUACAGUCUCUUGACCUUUCAUGGUGUGGUCCCUACAAUGCUCUUGACACUGAAACAUUUAUGGAAUUCAUCCACACGUGUGGAAGACAGCUCACCAUAUUGCGUCUCAAUAACUGUCACUUCAUUGAUAAUUAUUGCCUCUAUAUGAUUGCUAAUGUCUGUCUCAAUCUGGAAGAAUUGAGCAUGGCCAACUGCUUCAAAGUCGAUCAUCUUGGUUUUGGGGAACUGAAGAAAGCAAGAUGUUUAAGUCGAUUAGAUUUGUCUCGAACACAUCGAUUCCAUACACUGCAACUGUUACUACAACAUGCUGGUCAACUUCGCCAUCUUAGUCUGAAUAAUUGCACUCAGCUUGAUAUGGAUGAGGUUGCGCUGACACUGGCUACCUUUAGCCGUGACCUGAUAUCACUUGGUGCAUGGAAGACUCACGGUCUCACAGCCAGAGGUCUUCGUGCUUUGGCUUGCAUUCCAACACUCCAAGAUCUUGACUUGGGUUGGGCGUUGUCAGGAGUUAUAACUGAGGGUCUGGGUGAGUUAGUACGAGGAUGUCGAGGACUGAAGCGAAUUUAUCUUACUGCAUUGAGAACACUAACAGACCAUGACCUACAUCACUUGAUGACACACUCUCAUGGACUCACACAGCUUGACAUCAUGGGCACAAGAAAUGUUACUCCAGAAGCUGUGCACAGAUUACUGCAGAGCUGCCAACAUUUGGAAUUACUUGAUGUCAGUUUUUGUGAACAAAUUCAUGUUACAUACAUACAUCAGUGGAAUUCACAGUUCCCAAAAGUUGCCAUCAAAGGGGGACUGAAGCACCAAGUUCGAAUUGUGUGAAAAGGACAUCUCAGUGAGGAAAUAUAUUUAUUAUAUUUAUGAUUUUUUAUUAUUAUUAUUUUAUUUUAUUUUAUUUUAUUUUUUCUGUGUGAUUUAGAUAUUGAAUGUUAAUUGAGAAGUUAAUGGUUUUCCUUAAUCAAAAAAUUAAUUGUCAAUGGAUUUUGAAUAUGAAUAAGGAACCAUAAACAUUACAAUUAAGACUCUUAACUGAUAUACCAGUCUAAACUUAUGGUAUGAAGUUAAUACAGGUAAUCCUCGGUUUACAGUGCCCAUUUGGUGUAUAUUGCUCUAGCAUGAUUUUUUUUAUGGCUCCAGUUUUUUUCUUCUCUUUCUUUACCAUGUAAAUUAUUCAAAAUAACAUUAUUUUUUAGCUAAGGUUUUGUGCGUCAGUGAGCAUUUCUCAGGACAUGGAACACGUCUUGUGCCUUCCCUCCCCACUAGUUCCGCCCAUGCAACACUUAUUUUGGCCAUUGCCCACC